AUAUGUGAAAUUAAUAGCAAAAGCACAUUUCAGUUCAAAAUGCCGCUUUGUUUUUACAAAUACUACUUGAAAUGAUCUAAAGGCAAAAGCUUCCUCCAGCAUUUGGAGUUUGCUUUUUUGGUCAUUCGGCUUCUAGGCUUAAUAUUAGUAACAUGGUGGCGUCAGCGAAGCUUUUUUUAAGAAGCUCUCCUCUUGUGUCCACCCGGCCUUAUUUGAGUCCCUUAGUCAGUCAGCAAGCAUGCUUGGAACAGUCCCCGGUGCUUUGCAAGGGCUCAUAUUGCAGAGCGGUCACGUAUGGGUAUUUGUAGUUACAAAUACUUGACCAGUCUCCAGGGGUGGGGUUUCCAAUACUUUCAACAACCCCGUUGCCUGUUUUGCUCUAAGUGCCAGAACUGACUUUGGUAGGACAUCUUUCACUGAGAAAUAAAUAAAAUGGAACAUAAUGGGUCUGCUUCAAAUGCUGAUAAAAUCCACCGGAAUCGCCUGUCGAGCGUUACAGAGGAUGAAGACCAAGACGCUGCUUUUACCAUCGUGACUGUGCUGGACAAAGUUGCCACCAUCGUGGACAGUGUGCAGGCGAGCCAGAAGAGGAUAGAAGAGAGACACAGGGAGAUGGAAAAUGCCAUAAAAUCCGUCCAGAUUGACCUAUUGAAGCUUUCACAGUCACACAGCAAUACAAGCUAUCUUAUUAACAAGUUGUUUGAGAAAACCCGAAAAGUCAGUGCUCACAUUAAAGAUGUGAAGGCCCGGGUGGAGAGGCAACAAACUCAUGUUAAAAAGGUUGAAUCUAGGCAAGAGGAAAUAAUGAAGAAAAACAAAUUUCGCGUGGUAAUAUUCCAGGAGAAGCUUCGGUGUCCAACAUCCCUGUCUAUUGUUAAAGACAGAAACCUGACCGUGAAUCAAGAGGAGGAGGACGAUGUCUUUGAUCCCCCAAUCGAGCUGUCUUCGGAUGAAGAAUAUUAUAUUGAAGAAAGCAGAUCUGCUAGGCUUAGAAAGUCAGGCAAGGAGCGCAUCGAUAAUAUCAAAAAGGCAUUUUCCAAAGAAAACAUGCAGAAGACACGGCAGAAUUUUGACAAGAAAGUGAACAGAAUUAGAACUAGAAUAGUGACCCCGGAGAGGAGAGAGAGGCUAAGGCAGUCAGGAGAGAGGCUGAGGCAGUCAGGAGAGAGACUGAAACAGUCAGGGGAAAGAUUUAAGAAAUCGAUUUCUAGUGCAGCUCCCUCGAGGGAAGCUUUUAAGAUGCGUGGCCUUCGGAAAGCUAAAGACCAAACUGUGGCCGAAGGCCCCGCAGAGGUCAGGGAGAUGGGUGUGGACAUCAUCGCCAGGAGCGAGGCUCUGGGCCCCAUCAGUGAGCUCUACACUGACGAGCUCAGUGAAACAGACCGCGAGGAGGCCAGGGCGGGGUGUCCUCCUCGCGAAGGAGGGGAGAUCCUGACCCCUGAGCCUUUAAAAGUCACUUUUAAACCCCAGGUGAAAGUAGAGGAUGACGAAUCUCUUUUGCUGGAUUUAAAGCAGUCAUCAUAAAGAGGAAUUAAGUAUAUUUUAAAUAUAAAUCUCCUUAAUCACACAGUUCUAGUUUAAAUAGUAUAGUCAUUUCGUUUAUAGGCCAUUUAGGAAAACGUAAUGGUAUGGCUAUUUCAUUUCUUAUGUUUAAAAUCUUAAUACAAAUAUUAUAUAUAUUUCCUUGUAACAUCCUUGGGAGUUCUUUUUCCCACCCCGGACUUAUAAGAUCCUAGCAGCGUUUUCUCUGUCACUCUCAUGGCAGCUGUGGAUCUUUAAGUUCCUUUCUCUUGCCCCAGAAAAACAGUUUCCUAGCAAGGGUCAUUUAGGUGUUUGGAGGUCUAAAACAAAUGAAGAGCAAAUUUGUGGCCGUCAUUUGCAAGUGAACUCUCACUUUUGGUCUAGAUUAAUGUGGUGGCCAACCUCUUAGGGGAAUAACUCGUGGGUUAUAUCAUCCUUAUGUUCAAAUCAGUAGACUUGUUAGUAAUUAGCAAUCACACCCUUUUUUGAUGCUUUUGCAUUAAAAAAUUGAAGUUCUGGACUUGAACAUUUGGUCCUGGCAUCACAGGUUUACUUAUAACAAGCCACUUGGCAAGCUGUCUGCUAGUAAACUCAUCCAUAAAAUGGAGAGGGUUUGCCUGUCCUGCCUAUCUCAGAGGACUGUUGUGAAGAUCAAAGGAAACAUUAUACCUUCUGGGGGAACACAAAUCAUAUUGGGGUAAAAUAAGCCCCCCUGAUUCCUCAAAAACAGAAUCGAAAUAACUACACCUUCUGAAAAAGCCCUGAGUGCCAAGUGGUGAGGACCUAGGUUGGACAGAAACUAAAGUUGGUCUUCAGAAACUUCUUCACAGAAUUGGGAGUGAAAAAUAAAUGUUUGAGUGACCUCUUUUCCAUCAAAAACUAAAACCAGACCUUGGGUUUGAGCUGGGUCUUAACAUGUUUCUUGGAAAAUCCAUUUCUAGUUUUCUUUGAUUAGCUCUAUGGUGGACUAGAGCAACGCUUGACCAGUGUGAAGCAUAAAACUGUGGUCAUGUCUUCAAGAGGCCUCUCUGAAGUCAGCCCUGGUGCAGUGGGUUAUGAAAUGACCUCAGAUAUUUCGGUUUUCCCCUCAGGGCGUGUCUGUCCAAAACUGUUCAUAGGAGUUCAUCAUAGCUGCUUUCAGAAGAAGCCAGCUUCCGCUUACCUGUUAGCUUUAGAUCCAGCCAGUCCAGAAGUAGGUACUAUUGCUAAAGAAAGAGAGAGAUGUUCACACUGGCUCUGCACUUCGGGUGUGUUUGAAUCUUCUCGGUUUGUAAAUAGGGCAGAAAUGAUGGGAUCGUUGAAUUGGAAGAGUUUGGACAACAGUCAGCUUUCAGAUCAGUUUUGGAUGUUCAUGUAGUAGUUGUAAUACACACACACACACACACACACACACACA